GGAAACGCGAAAGCCCAGCGCUCCUUAAACUCCCUCCCUCGCCCGCAGGAGGAGUAACCGACCGUGGUGGAGCAGCUCAAGCUCAGGCAGACUCCGUGAUCGACUGCCCCAGAGAAGCGCCUCGUUACCCGGACGGAGAACCAGCCGCUAGCCAGGUCGUCCCUUUAUUCGUGCCAUUAAGCCGAUCAGAGGAGCCCGCGUGACAUCACACGAGCUCGAGGCUUUCUUCUCACAUAGAGGACGAAUUCCCCCGGUCGCUCCAGGAAUAUCUCCCUGGAUAUUUACCCGAGAAAUGGACGGUUUCGCCGGUAGUUUAGACGACAGCAUCUCGGCGGCGAGCACCUCAGACGUGCAGGACCGGCUGUCGUCUCUGGAGCUGCGGGUCCAACAGCAGGAGGACGAGCUGACGGUCAUGAAGGCUGCGCUGGCUGAUGUGCUCAGACGUCUGGCUCAGUCCGAGGACGCCACCGCUGCCAAGAAACAGCAGAGCAGCAAAGGUCAGACCGCACUGCGUGAGGCUUAUUCAAUGUCCUGCAUCGCCAACGGCAGUUCCAGCGGCCGCAAAUCUCACAGAGAUACUUCCACAGUGUCUAUAGCCAAGAAAGAGACACUCUCCUCCGCCGCCAAAAGUGGCGGAGAGCGGAAAAAAGACAAGCCUCUGAUGGAGGGGAUCAAGGAGAAAGAGGAGACUAAUGAUAAAGCGCCCUCAGCGCCCAGCACCCCUUCCAGCAACCCCCCCUCCCCUCAUCCCCCACAGCCCCAAAGACAAGUCUCGGAGAACAAGGGCUCGACCCCGACUGCCAAAAGGGGUAGCAGUGCAAAGCGUGCUGGAGGAAUGGAGCGUUCUCAGAGUAGCACAUGGGACAGUGGAGAGGAGAACAGGAAUAAGCUGGUGAAAGCAGCCUCCACAUCCAAACUGCUGUCCAAAGUGGUGAAGAACGCAGAGAAACACAGAGAUCCAGUCAUCAGCCAAGCUAAAAUGUCAACCCGUGAAAAAAACAGUCAAGAGGGAGACUACAUCAAAAUGUUCAUGCGAGGACGACCCAUCACAAUGUUCAUCCCGUCGGACGUGGAGAACUACGACGAGGUGCGCACCGAACUUCCCCCAGAGAGACUCAAACUGGAGUGGGUAUAUGGAUACAGGGGUCGUGACUGCCGUGCAAACGUGUACUUGCUGCCUACCGGGGAGAUCGUGUACUUCAUCGCCUCGGUGGUCGUGCUCUUCAACUACGAGGAGAGGACACAGCGCCACUACUUAGGACACACCGACUGUGUCAAAUGUCUCGCUGUUCACCCAGAUAAGAUCCGUAUCGCCACCGGACAGAUCGCAGGAGUGGAUAAGGAUGGAAGACCGCUCCAGCCACACGUGAGGGUCUGGGACUCGGUCAGUCUGUCCACGCUGCAGAUCAUCGGCCUCGGCACCUUCGAGAGAGGAGUUGGAUCCCUCGCUUUCUCUAAAGCCGACUCAGGCACUCAUCUCAGUGUGAUCGACGACUCUAAUGAGCACAUGCUCACUGUGUGGGACUGGCAGAAGAAAUCAAAAAUAGCUGAGCUAAAGACAACCAAUGAAGUGGUCUUAGCGUUGGAGUUUCACCCGACUGACGCCAACACCAUUGUGACUUGUGGGAAAUCCCAUAUCUUCUUCUGGACCUGGAGCGGUUCCUCACUGGCACGCAAACAAGGCAUCUUUGGUAAAUAUGAGAAGCCCAAAUUUGUGCAGUGUUUGGCUUUCCUUAAUAAUGGAGACAUCCUGACCGGAGACUCGGGAGGAAUCAUGCUGAUAUGGACCCGCAGCACGGCUGAACCAGCGCCAGGGAAAGGGCCGAAAGCGUUUCAGAUCGCGCGUCAGAUCAAGGCUCACGACGGGAGUGUGUUCACUCUGUGUCAGAUGAGGAACGGCACUCUGCUGACAGGAGGAGGGAAAGACCACAAGAUCAUCCUGUGGGACCAUGACCUGAAUCCAGAGAGAGACAUCGAGGUCCCAGAUCAGUACGGCACCAUUCGAGCUGUGGCCGAGGGCAAGGGGGAGCAGUUCCUGGUGGGAACGUCCCGCAACUUCAUCCUGAGAGGAACCUUCAACGAUGGAUUCCAGGUGGAAGUGCAGGGGCACACGGAUGAGCUGUGGGGUUUGGCGUCCCAUCCCUUCAAGGACCUGUUCCUCUCCUGUGCUCAGGACAGGCAGGUGUGUCUCUGGAGCUCAGUGGACCACACGCUGGAAUGGACCAGACUGCUGGACGAGCACGGGCACUGCGCAGACUUCCAUCCCAGCGGUUCGGUUGUUGCCAUCGGGACUCACUCAGGGAAGUGGUAUGCCCUGGACGCAGAGACUCGAGACCUGGUGGCCAUUCACACAGAUGGCAAUGAGCAGCUGUCAGUGAUGCGCUUCUCUGUCGAUGGCACGCUGCUGGCAGUGGGAUCACAUGAUAACUUCAUUUACCUCUACACCGUGUCGGAUAAGGGACGCAAAUACAGCAGAUAUGGGAAAUGCACUGGACAUUCCAGCUACAUUACACAUCUUGACUGGUCCCCCGACAACAAGUUCAUCAUGUCCAACUCAGGAGAUUAUGAAAUCCUUUACUGGGACAUUCCAAACGGUUGUAAGCUGAUUCGUAACCGCUCUGAGUGCAAGGACAUCGACUGGGCCUCGUACACCUGUGUGCUCGGAUUCCACGUCUUUGGUGUUUGGCCGGAAGGCUCAGACGGGACAGAUAUCAAUGCCCUGGUGCGAUCUCACAACAGGAAGGUGAUCGCUCUGGCUGAUGACUUCUGUAAAGUGCAUCUUUUCCAGUAUCCCUGCUCAAGACCAAAGGCCCCAAGCCACAAGUACAGCGCCCACAGCAGUCACGUGACAAACGUGAGCUUCAUGCACAACGACAGUCACCUGAUUUCAACGGGCGGCAAGGACACGAGCAUCAUGCAGUGGCGUCUGGUGGAAAAGACCUCUUCCCUGGUGCACAGCGACUCCAGCUUGGGCCUGGGCGAUUCCCUGCUGCACAACUCCACCCCUCGCCCUGUGGCGUCGGUACCCACUGAGCCCAUGCCGGUGCCAGCCUCGCUACCCAUCAGCACCCAGCCUGACGCCAACACUCCCCCUCCCACGCCCCCCGAACCCCUGCACACGGCCACCCCUAACGGACAGCAGGACGGCUCGGCCGAGACCCCGCCCCCUUCGGAUGAGGCCACGCCCCUCUCUGACAGCACCCUGAGCCCUAAGGACAGCCUCGAGCCUAGCGACGACACGGCCACGCCCAGUGACGAGGGCAUGCCCUUUAACCCCCCCUUAUAAAGCGGCCCGACCCCUUCUCUCGCCUGCUCAAAUUCCUGGCGGAUUCUUCUCAGUUUUUAUCCUUUCGAGAUUUUCGUUUCGUGUCUUAGUUUGUUGUUACGUCGACGGUUUGUUCGGUGGAUGCGGUCGUGGAGGCAUUGGUCCGAUUCGGAUGGUGAGGGAUUAGGAAUGUGUAGUUGAAAACACACACACACACACUACCACACGAACACUAAUACACGGAAAAAAAGAGGGAAACCGAAUUACCAGUUCAUACACACAGACUAACAUACAAAUGGACACAUGCUUUCAAUUGAUUGGCAUUUGGGAUAUACAACAAUACUCUUAUUGAUUUUCCUCGCUUAACGAGAUGGUUCCCUUAAAAAUACAAAUAGUCAUCCUCAUGUUCUUCCAAACCUGUAUGACUUUCGUUGUUUUGUAGACGUUUUAAAGAUGUUCCGAAAACAACAAUGGACCCCUUUGACUUUCAUUCUUCAAAAUAUCUGCUUUUGCGUUCUGCAGAAGCCAAGUCAUGCAGGUUUGGAACGGAAUGGGGGUGAGUGAAUGAUGUUCAUGUUCAGAUGUUAAAAUAGCCAUUUUAAUGAGGUCACAUGACGCUCAUUUGUAUUCUCUCGCUCUCUGUGAACAUUGGUGGAGGAAAACACUGCAUGUAAAGCUGAUUUGCAUGCUUGCAUAGCAUCUUUCCCUGAGCCAAAAACUACUGGACAUGUAUAUCUGGCGACACCAGGCUUACUGGUCGGACUCAAGGACCUCGACGAUUCAGGCCAUUUAAUGAUUAUCAUCGCCUCGAAUAGCCAUAAACAAAGCAAACACAAGCCUGACCUGCCUCAAGAUGGGCGAUAAAUCCCCCCCAGCGUCAGUCUAAAGAUGCCGUGCCACCCUCACAUCUCCAUCCGUUUUAAUCCUUCAUCCAAAUGACUCUCUUCACUGAGACUCGAUUGUUUUUAGGUUUCAUUUUGGGACUGUUUUUUUUUUCUUGUCAUUUUGUUCGUCGGACUGAGAUGUUCUUGUUUUUUACCGUAUGAGAGAAAGGAAAGAUUAAACGAGUCUUAAAUGUGCGUGCGUGAGUGUGUAUGUGCACGCGAGUCGCCGCUUCUUUCAUUCCCUCUCUCCCUCACAUUUUCUCAGGAUCACUCUUUUUGGAGAGAGUCUAAAAGAGAAAGUCGAAUGUUUCCCUCAACUCCUUUUUGGAAUAGCACCAGAAAGUACCGUGAUUUGCACUCAAUGGCAAAAGUAUUGCGUUCACCAGAGAAACUUUGCGUUUAUCAUAUGAUUUGGCACAAGUAUUGGCGAGUGCACACAGAUAUUCUCAGGGGAAAACAAUACUUUUGCAAGAGAACGCAAUAUAAUAUUUUUUUCUCCCAUCUAAUUUUUUCUCCCUUUUACUCAAAAAAUACCAUAUGAUACCACCACUGUUCCAUGAUACUGCCACAGUACUGGAUGCUCCCAAGCCUUUAUGUGUUCCCCUCAACAAUGCAUGGAAA